GCAGGAGCUUAAAAAUUUGUCCGAUACAACUUUCUAGCUCACUGUCAGAAUAUCAAGCAACCUCUCCCCCUUCUACAGUUCUAACUACCGGUAUAGAAACGAUAGUUCUCUUUUUGUCUUUGAUUUCUCUGUCAGAAACGCAAACCUUUUUCUUGAGAAUUUCGUAAACUUCAGGUGUUGGCAUCACUUCUCCAGCUCUCAGUUUCGAAUCCAAGCAAUUCCUGUACUACAACAAUCCAGUAGGUGAAAAUGGAAGAAUACUUGCAAUGCAUGAAGACUCUGCGUUCUCAGAUGAACGAUGUGGAGGAUCAAGCGGCAAAAGUUUCAGCAGAAGAGCAGAUGCUCUUUGCUACAGUUCAAACGCUCGAAGGAGACCUCAGUUCAGUGAAGAGGCAUACUCUUCAGACUAAGGAGGAAACUGACAAAAUGGAAAAGGCAAAGGGAGAAAUCUGCUCUAUGAUCUUGGCAAAACAGAGAAAGUUUCCUUCUUUGGAAGCUAACCUAUCCACCCUCUAUCAGUCAUUAGAACUUAUUCAACAGGAAAGAGGGAACUUGCCAGUGAAACUUUCAGAGAAGAGAUCAUAUUAUUCCAUGGUUACUGAUGAUAUCAUCAAUCAAUUGAAAGAGCAACAGCGUUGGAUGGAUGAUCACAAGCAUUCCUCAUUAAUUGGAGAAAAUUCUCAGCCAACUGACACAACUUUCAAGAAACCUGGUGAACUUGAAGUCUGUCAGGAUGAUGCAGUCAAAAGCGUUUCAAACAAUUAUGAAGCUGCUAGUAAUGAACUAAGCCUCGUGAAACAACAGAAGUUAGAACUUGAUUUGGAAAAUAGCAAGUUGACUCAAUCUGUAGAGAUCAUGAAGAAGAAGAUAAAUGAUUUUAAGCCAGAACUGAGGGAAAUGGAUGUAAAGUUUUUGGAAAAGGAGCUUCUAGCACUUUUAGCAGAUAAGGCUGAACUAGCCGAGUUUAUGCAGUCUUUACAACUUCAGAUAGUGAAAUUGAAGGGAAUUUCACAUACAAUCAACUGUUCAUGUGGAGAGAAGUACGAGAUAGAGUUGAACUCUUGUGUUGGAUGAGGAAAGUACUGAAGAAAACAUUACUGUAAAUCAUAUGCACUUUCCUGCUGGGGGACGUCAGACUGACCAUGCUUUCUCUCAAUACAAGUAACUCAUCAUGACGAUUUGAAAUAAAAGGAUAUGUUUGCCUCUGUUGCGUAUACGUUUGUGAGUAUCAUGUGUGCUUGUGUGAGUUGUGUUGUGUCUGAAUAUUUGUUUCUGAAAAGAAAGAGACCAAACCCAACACCAGCUUUUGUUUCUUACUUUGAUGUAUCCCAAGUAUUGCUUUCAAUACAUGCACUGGAAAUGCAAAAAAACAGUGAUUGCAAUAUGUGAUUACUAUGUGCUUCAUUUUUAUAAUAUCCGGCAAAUGUUCCCCGGCAUUUAUAAUAUCAUAUGCACUUUCCUGCUGGCUGACGUCAGUCUGACCAUGCUUUCUCUCAAUACAAGUAACUCAUCGUGACGAUUUGAAAUAAAAG